CAUUUUGGAUCGCGACCCUUCGUUAACGGAAUGGAGGAAGCCGUGUCGCUGCUGGAGGAGCAGCCGUACGUGGCCAUGCGGAGCAACAGCCCCGAGCGUCGUGCGAACGCGAUCCAUCGCCGCCGAAGCACUAUCGGCCUGGGCCGCCGGCCGUCGCUCAUCCGAACGCCGUUCCUGCCCGAGGACGAAGCCGACGAGCUGCUACUGCGCGCCAACGAAGCGCCCGACUGCCGUGCGCCGACCGCAGCUGAAACGGUGCAGCUCAUGAAGGCCCAUCAGUACCGCCUCCAGCAGUUUGCCAAGCUCCAGGGCAUCACGGGCAUGAGCUCGAUGACGCUCUGCUUCACACCCGAGUACGAAGCAGGCUACCGCGAGUACAUUCAGCGAGGCGCCGUGCGACGCACGCGCAUCUGCUUUAUGCUUGGCUUUAUCGGGAUCGGGUUGUACUUUAUCUGGGAAGCGACCCGGAUUGCCUUCUCGACGACCGCGUACGUUAUUGCGUUUGGCCCUGGGCUCGCACCCUUUGGUGUUGGCUUUGCCUGCACGUUCCUUCCGUCCAUGCGUCCGCACAUGGAAGCGCUCUUCCUCACGGUAUUUGCCAUCGAAGCCGGCGCGCUCAUCCUCUUCAAGCCCAUCGUGGGUCAAGCAGGACCUGUCCUUCCGCUUCUCAUCUUGCUCAUACCUGUCUUUGGCGUCACGCGCGUGCGGUUCAUCCAUAGCUGCGUACUCGGCUGGUCCGUCUUUGCCACCUACAUUUGCGUGCAGCUCCUUGCGCGGUCGAUCUGGCUCGUGCAGUCGGACCGGCCGUCAGGCAUUUUUUACCAAGGGCUCAACUACGGCUUGAUGGUGCUGGGCGGUAUGGUGUCGCAUUACCGCCAGGAGCUGUUGCGCCGACGCAACUACGCACUACUGCUACCGUUUGGCUCGAGUCCCGACUGCUCGGACGCACUGGACAAGCCAAAGUUUUCGAAAAAAGCACUUUUACACAAUGUCUCGUUGGCGUUCAAGAACGACCGCGUCGAAGCCACCUUCUUGCGCCAUUGGUACCUCAUCGACCCCUUCCCGUUCGAGAAUCCGAAUGCCGCCGUGCUCCACGAAGGCGCGUUCAAAGUCGUGCGCUUCUCUAUAGCCACUGCGAUUAUGAACCAAACGUUUCUCGCCAUCCAGGACUACCGCCUCUUGGGCGCGGCACCGUCGAUCCAAUCGCUUGGCUACAUCCUUCGCUUUGGUGUCGUGGACGUCGCGUACCUCGGGGCGGCUGGCUUUAUGUAUGUCGUUGGCAAGCUGUACGUCCGCCAGUGGCGCGAGCAAUCUCUACCCAUGGACAAGAUGCCGCGCCUCGCAACCACGCAGCUCAACGACGUCCUCGCGAGCCAGAUCUUUGCGGCUCUGGUUGUGCUCGUGCACACCACCAGCAUGGCGACGCUCCUCUGCGCAGUCGCCUCGUCGUCGUCGUCGUCGCUCGCCGAUGUGUACCUCAUGGGGUUCAUCAACGCCGUGCUCUUUAGCCACCGGUCCGGGUUUCGCGUCCGGCAUAAAUAUGCCGUCGGCGUCACGGCGGUCGUUGGCGUCGUUGUCACCAUCGUCUUGAGCCAGAUGCUCGUGCAUUGGCUGGCGCUGCGCUACGCGUGCUACAUCGUCACGGUCCUCUUCCUCGGCGCCAUGAUCUCGCGCGAAGAAGAGAGCUUGCGCCGGAGCUUCUUUAUCCUCAAGUCGAUCCGGUCGCUCGAGUUUGAAGAGUGGUUUUUGAAUAUCUGCAACAUUCAAGACUGGGUGCGCGCGCGGCUCGUGCAAAAGGCUGCCAACGCACGCCGCAAUCUCCCGCAUGCCAAGAAGCCGCUGAUGGCACCGGCUGUGGACACGAGCUCGCACCUCUCGCAAGCGUCCAAAUGGGGCAUGUACGGCGAGUGCGUGCACGUCGCCCUCGUCGCGCUCGACCUCGUUCUGCGCAUCUACCAAUAGAAGAGGUCGUCGGAUAGCGGCCUCGCAUUUGG